GGUUGUUUUCCCCAGCAUUAAUUUUCUUGUGACCACGUGUAAAUAUAAACUAAAGCUAGCAUACAAGCAUAAAUCUAAGCUUAGCUUGGCUUUAUCGUAAACGUAGGAGAAUUAUGGAGAGAGAGGAGUGUUCACACAAUGGAGCUGACACCAGUAUACAUCAAAACAGUCUGAGAGGACCACACAUUCUGGCUAAAAUGAUCAAAGAUGCACUAGAAAAAGACAGACAUGGUGUGAACAAGGACUACAUUGCUGUCAUCAGCCACCUGUCAGCAACUGAAAUGAAGCCAGUAGUAAUGAGGCGAUGGCUCCAGGCACUCAAGCUCUGUGUCUCUCAGCUCACCAGGGACUUUGACCUACUCGUUGGGGCAACACUGAGAUUUUCAUGGUUCGACAAGGAUCCCGAAAUAGUUCAGCUGUACAUUGACUACCUGGCCAACCUCAUCUCUGCUCAGACCUUCUAUCUCAAGAGCACACUCACUUCGCUCUUACAACAGCUGUGGAUACCAACUAACCCAGCUAGUGUGAGCUGUAACAUCCACCAAGCUAUGGACACCAUUCUACAGUUAGUACCCACGGCUCCGUCAGUGCUCAUGCCACUCCUCACCAAGAACUAUCCCUUCAAAGGGAGGGGACCAGACAUUCAGGAGGUAGCCCUGAAGAACGUCCUGUAUCUGACCACAUACUGCCCUGCCCUCAGAGACGGUGUCUGGGAGCUCAUCUUCCAUCAGAUGCUCUCUAUCGAUGUUGACAUCCCCCGUCUUGAGGAGCACGGAGUGAUCAGUGAUGAUACUGACGGUACUCAAUUCCAUGUUGAAGUGGACACUGAACCCAAUCCCUGUUACAACAAGGAGGGGUUGAACCUUGAACCCUCGUACAGUCAUGUCCAGGUGAUGAGUAACGAGAGUGCUGAAAAAAUGGACGUUAUGAUGACUGUGUUAUUGGACCACCUCCACUCACUCUGCUACAAUGAUGGUGUGCUUCUUGUGGAUCUAGCCAGGCACUUCCUCACACUACUGCUCAAGAUAUUUGACCGAAUGGUCCUUCCUACCCACGCAUGUUCCCACGUCCAGUUCCUCCUCUUCAGACUCACUAGUCUACACGAGUCGUUCCCGGGCAUCUUCCUGGAUUUCCUGUGGGAAAAGUUUCAAGAUUUCAACACUCCUGCUGUACUGAGACAAACCUGUGCUGCCUAUAUUGCUAGCUACAUCGCCAGAUCAAAGUUCAUUCCCAUGAUGAUGGCCAAACUGUGUCUAAGCAUCAUGAUGCGUCGGAUUCAUGAGUACUUGGAUGGCUGUUCCCCUGACAAUAUGAAACCAGAGGUCAAACUGCACGGUCCAUUCUUCUCACUCUGUCAGGCUGUGUUCUAUGUGUUUGUGUUCAGGCAUAAGGCACUACUGGACUCACCAGAUGGAUUGAAAUUCUCGAGACAGCUCAAUUUUGAAAGAGUCAUCUCCUCUCGCCUCAACCCUCUCAAGGUGUGCCUCCCGACAGUAGUGGAAGUGUUUGCCUCCAUCACCAACCAUCACGAGAUAGUGUUCUGCUACUCCAUCUUGGAACAGAAUAAACGACUCAUUCUCUCCACUCCAGUUGUGACCCCAGAGGUUAAAGUUCAGCAACAGGAGCAAGCCAACCUCCUCGACUGUUAUUUCCCCUUUGACCCCUACUGUCUGAAAAGUUGUUCUCGGUCUCGCAUCAGCCCCAAGACUAAGUUGCCCUCCAUGCAAGUUAUUUGUGACCUGGAAUGACCGUUUUUGAAGACCAUCGUCUCUUCUCCAGUAUGUCUGACUGCAUGUCUGCGUACUUUAUAAUAGCUAGCUAGCUAGCUAGCUCAUUGUACUAUAAAUCAUACAGUAUCAUUGUGUAAGUAAUUUAAAAAAAAAAAGAUGAUGUCACCGUUUUAAUUUAUAAUGAGAAAUUGGUCGCGUUCUGCAUCCAGUUUAACGCUACCUUUAUACGUGCGUUUUUAGAAACGGAACGGGAACUUUUUAUUGAUGUAUACUGUAAGUCAGUAUUGUAAAACUGUUGAUUCAUCAGAAAUUGGUUGUCUUGUAAAUUAAUUGUUCAGUGGUAUCAAUCAGUCCAUAAAUUGCACGACUUUAAAGUUUGCCAUUAUUGAGAGAUUGUUCACUUGUUGCAUUCAACACAGGUCGUCAACAAGCUAUUUUGGAUUAGGCUGGUAUAAGAGAGUAAGAUCAAUGUAGCAAAGAUGUGGGUAACAUUGAUCUUUUGACAGAAGUUUGCCACUUUCUGAUUAGAAAUGUAUUUUGCAAACAGAAAGAAAAUCAGUAGAAGCAGUAGCAGGUACACUGGGAAUAUGAACCUUAGACCAGCUAAAGCAAGCUCAGUCAUUUCAGGAUAAAAGCAGAUAGCAAUUCCAAAAUCAAGAUUAAGAAAUGCGAUAAUCUUCUCGGGUACUUGGCGAGCAUCAUUGGGUAAACUUGGGGAAAAAGAAGUGAGAUACACACUACAUAUGUUGCUGUAGAAGAUGAAACCAUUAAUGAAGCCAUCUGUUAUGGUCACAUUCAACACUGCUAGAUAAGCAAAUAAACCAAUUCCUAAUAUCGCAAAAAAAAGAAUCCACAAUAAGCUAAUGUAGCUGUCGCAUUUAUCACAUGAUGAUGUUCCUAUCUUUCGACUAAAAUUUUCUGCACACCCUCCACACAAAAUCCCGGCUCGGUUGUUCCUACAUUGAGAAUCCGAUUCUGAUAGAUCCAAUAUAGAAUGUCCAGGGGUACAAUAAUCAAAAAUGCACUGUUUCUGAAUGUAACCAAACACUUCAUCCAUUCCAAGCCAGUAGUCAACACGGUAUGACAGUGUGCCAUCUUCAUUGCAUUCUACCUGUUCAAGAUCUGUCACAUUACAGUCACAGCCGUGAGUUAUGUUAUUGAAAUUGAACCCACCUGGGCAAAAACGCAGAAACACUCUAGCUGUGAAAUUUUCUACAUGUUCUUCAGCAGAAGUUAUGGUCAUAUCGUAUGACGUGUUUUGCUCUGCAAAAACAAUAAGAGGAACAGUUGUGAAAGUUUUAUCCCCACCACCUGCUAAAAGAUAUCUAUCGCUUCCACCAAUCUGCGAGUGAGCAGCAUCGUUUUCUGUGAUUGUUUGAAGUUGUGAGAGAACUGUGAGAGGAACGGAUUGGUUUAGUUUGUCAAAGCUUCCGAGAGAUAGUGUGAAGUUCUGACCCGGAUAUAAGUUGAUAGUUUUGUCAUCGGUGUUGUUAUACUCGACGAUAUGCUCAGCUACGGUAUUUAUGGUGUUUCCAGUUGUGAAAGGUGGAUCGAAAAUUAUUGGGAGUAAAGAAUUAGAGACGUUGGUAAUGCUAUCACUGAGAGCAAGGUGCACUAACCCACUAUUGUUAACAUUCCAAGGGCAUCUGGAGAAUGAGGACCCAUAAAUGGCCGAUCCAAACUGGGCACGGUUGUUAAUGAAUGUCAAGCUAUAACGGCCUUCUGGGUCGGGGCACUUGUUCUGAACAUUACAAAAGAUAUCUACAUCAUCGAUAAACAGAAAACAGUCAUAGUCAUUUGCACGUAUGGUGUCAAAGUUAACGUAUAUGCCUCCACCAUUCACUUGUGCCGUAUUUUCAGUGAAUCGCACAUCUGCUCUAUCUCCAGCUAGUACCAAAUAGGACUCAGCGUCGAGACUUAAAGCACCUCCAUUUAUACCUACAUUCUCACUGAAGUUGGUGGAACCUGAAAUAACUAAAAUGCCACUGUAUACAGAGAUCGCAGUUUGUUUGUUUGAGUAAAACCGAUUUGUUCCAUUAAGAGUAACAUUGAUGAAAUUUAUAUCGAUGACACCAGUGGUACUGGAUUGAACAGAGAAUGUAGGUAUCCUUUGAUUUCCUACAGCUGUUAUCGAAUCAAAAAUAACCCUUAGGCCAGGCUCAAAGGCACUAUAGCUAAUCUCGGUGACAAACACUGCACUGCCAUAAUCUCCCAUGUUGUUUUCAAAGUGGCAGUCUUGAAUAGUCAUUCUGUCUUGGAUACCGGCGACAGUUGGUCCUAGUGAAAACACCUGAAUACCGGAACCACUUUGGGCGAUGUUUUGCUGGAAAGUACAGUUAAGAACAUCCACGGAGCUUUCGAGUUGUGAAAUGAUCGUACUCAAUAAGGUAUCACUGUAGGCAGAAUUAGAGGGAACUGGCAGGUAAAAAGCAGCAAUAAGAGCUCCGGCAGGGUUCGAAACGUUUGUCUGUAGAGGACCAUCCAAAACUUCCAAAAUUAUUCCAUUGUCUAAGAAGUUAGUAUUGGUAAUGUAAAUAUGGCUAUCAGAUGUCAAUUCGAAAUGUGAAACUUCAAGUGCAGAGCCAUGAUAUGUUCCAAAGUUGUUACUGAACAAGGAAUCAGUUACAUUUGCAUACACAGUGUAAGAGCUCUGAGCAAGAGAGAUGGUUAUCCCACCAGCUCCAAUAAAGGAAACGUUUUGAAUCAAUCUCGGCUCUAAGCUUCUCGAUAGCAGGUUGUGCUGAUAUGAAAAUAGAUCGAUACGACAGUUGUAGUUCUCACGGACCUGUAUAUUUUCAAGGAGAAGGUUGUAUGUGUCGUUGAUGCGAGUGAAAUUCUCCAAAUCAGCUAUAUAGUCCUGAUAAAGUAGGUACAUGGCACCUCCAGAUCCUCCAGGAGAAGAGGUUUGUUCCACCUCCAAAACGCACUCAAUUGGUCUGUUUCGUGUAAAGUUGACGUUAGAAAUCCUCGACUUGCCAACAAUGUUUAUUCCCACAACUCCAAACCCUUUAUUGCGAUCCACAACCAUGUCUUCCAUUGUCAGAUCAGUAAUAUGAGCCAUAAAGAGUCCAGUUGAGAAAUCACCAAGGGGAUCAUAAAACAAAACAAUGAAUCUUUCAAUAUAGGACAACGUAGCGUUGACAUUUUCUGUCCCGUUGAAACCACAGCCACGAAGAGUAAGCCCUCUAAAUGUCAGCCUCUCAAUGCUCAUGAAUAUUAGGCCAAAUGAAGGGUCGCAUUGUAUUACCACAUUAGAGGGAUCGCUAGAAUUACCAAUGAUGCUCAAAUCAGUGAGGUCAAUAACCCAAGAAUAGUGACUGAUUACGUGUUCUCCAGGUUGAAGGGAAAGUGUUGUGUUUGAAGUGAGAUUGCUUAUGCUUAGCAUUGUAUUCAGUGUCACACAUGAUUCAUUGACUUCUGUUUGAUUGUUGCAGUAAGGGCUUAAUUGGACCACAUUUUGAGCAAAGGUAGAAACGUGCAGGGAUAAUAUGAGUAGUGAUGUGAAGAGUAAGCAGCACGCCUCUCUUGACAUGACAAAGCCUAGCAGUACUGCAUGUACGAAGUGAAACAGACGUAUAUAGGUAUACUUAAGUGAUUAUCAAUUGAAAGGAGGUUUGAAAUAAGGGUACUCUCCUACAAACACAAACAAACACUAAUGUACAUUGAAUUCAUAAACGUACAUAAUGAGAAGUUGAACCACAUUGCUUGGUUAGUACAGUAAUAGUGAAUGCAUGGUAUUAUAAUUAUAGCUACAAUUAACCAGCAACACUUACAUGUAAUAAUCUGAUGUUCAAGGCACUUGGUGUUGUUGAUCCACAGGCUUACUAACUUCUGAUUAUAGGCAGGUAGGUAGAUCUAUAAUUAUACUGCUCAAAUGAUUGUCACAUGAGCUACUCACAGUCACAGUGCUGUGCAGGUAUUGUACUCCCACUAAAUGGGCAAAUGUAUUCAUACACUCCUGAUAGCUAUGCCAUUGUACACAUUUACCAGCUGCAUGCCGUAGUUAUGACGAGAUCAAAUUACAACUUGCAUCGUCAUCGACGCAUAUUAAAAACUGGUCAUAGACGUACGCGUAUCUAUAUAUAUAAUUACAAAUCAGUUUGCAGAUCUGAUGACUAAAGUAGUACAUAUCGUAUAACGGGUAAUUUUCGUGGGGUAAACAAUUGUUAUUUUCGUGGGCAAGCUGACCUCCACAAAAUUUUAACGUAGGCGUGGCUUACCGGAACGUAUGAAUGCAGUGCAGGCAACAAGACUAAACGAAAUUUUUACUCACGAAAAUCAUCGUUUUCAGAUAAACGAAUUUUUUACCCCACGAAAAUUACCCGCUAUACGGUAUAUCUACCUAGCACGCACUAUUGCAUUUGUUUUUAAAUCGCUAUAAUUAAAUAGUCUAAUUCUCCACCCACCCUGACCUAUUACAAUCAACACUUUACUAGCUGAAAAGCAAUUAUGCACACAAGGCUAACCCUGGAAACGAAACGAAAGUAAAAGAUACACAAUUGCUGAUUAGCAGUGCUGAACUAAACUGAAACAUAUAGGAGUUUUAGACAAACAACUAAUAACAACAUAGAGUAAACGUAAGUCUAUUAAGAUAAAUGGCAUGAAAGUAACACAGAACUGCAAGCAGGUUCUAGUUACGUAUACUUGGGAGGUUGGGCUGCACCGCCAUACAUGGGGUUGUACGGGGGAGGGGCUUCUUUACCGGUAACAUAUGCAGCUGUAGUUGGUGAUGGGGCUUCAGGGAUGAUGGGCGUGGCCUGUGAUGUGCUCAGCGGAGUGUACUUUUUCCUCUGACGACGAACAAAAUAGCAGCAACAAGCCAUUAUACACACCAUGAUCAAUACAAAGAAAGACACACUUAGUAGUGAUAUAGCAACAUAUACCCAGACACGGGC